AACAUUGCACACCGACAGCCACGCCUUGCGAGUCUUGGUCUCCCCGUCACCCGCUCGAAUAUCUACCAAUACAACAACAUGUCGACUAUUCGCGAAAUCACCAGUCUUUCGAACUGGGAACAUCACGUCACCUCACUACCGCCUUCCACUCUCCUCGUGGUCUCUUUCCAUGCGCCAUGGGCCGCUCCAUGCGCGCAAAUGGCGACCGUUCUGUCGACGCUGGCGAGCGAGUAUCCCGUCACUGAACCACCGUCCACAUCAUGGGUGUCAAUCAACGCAGAGGAUCUUUCGGAUAUUAGCGAAACCUACAACGUGACAGCCGUUCCAUUUCUUGUCCUGAUUCGCAACGGACAGGUGCUGGAAACCGUCAGUGGAAGCAGCGCCGUCAAGGUGCGGAAUGCCAUCGAAGCCCAUGCCGCCAAGGCCGGCGCCCCAGUUUUGAAUGGCGCUGCGACUGCGACUGACGGCCAUGAUGGUGAGGUGGCAACCGAGGAGGAUCCAGAGAAGAAAAAGGAGGAGCUCUUCAAGCGUCUGGGAGAUCUUGUCAAGGCUGCUCCCGUGAUGCUCUUCAUGAAGGGCACUCCUAGCGAGCCCAAGUGCGGCUUUUCUCGGCAGCUAGUAGCUAUUCUGCGGGAAAACGCCGUCAAGUAUGGCUUCUUCAACAUCCUGGCCGACGAUGAAGUGCGCCAGGGCCUCAAAGAGUUUGCCGACUGGCCAACUUAUCCCCAGCUCUGGGUUGACGGCGAGCUGGUCGGAGGGCUUGAUAUUGUCAAGGAGGAACUGUCUAAUGACGCCGACUUCUUCAAGGCAUAUAGCAUCAAGUCCAACGGCGAGACUGCAGCCGCCUCGUGA